AUGGCACCAGAGGUCACCUUCAACAGAACUGCUGCCAUACAUCCUUGUUAUGAAGUCGAUAUGUAUGAUGCACCGUCAAAAACACCUUCCUCCGGGUGUGUGCUUCUGGACAUAUUUCUUUGCUUAAUAUCCGUCAUCAUAACAUGUGGAAACCUCCUCAUAAUCAUCUCUGUGGUGUACUUCAAGCAGCUCCACACUCCCACUAACUAUCUCAUUCUCUCUCUGGCAGUGGCCGACUUACUUGUCGGUGUUUUAUUGUUCCCUCUCAGCAUUGAAUUCACCCUCAGUUACUGUGUCUACCAAGAAGAAGUGAUUUGCAAAGUGCGGAGCAGCGUCGACGUGACCCUGAGCACUGCUUCUAUUCUACAUUUAUGUUGCAUUUCCAUAGAUCGGUAUCACGCGGUGUGCAAACCUCUGACUUACAGAACCACGCUCACUGUCCAAGUGGUCGCGGUCAUGAUCCUGCUCAGUUGGACUCUUUCACUUCUCGUCGCCGUCGGUUUUGUGGUGGCGGAAUUCAACUACGCAAAGUGUGGAGAAGAAUGUUACGUCGAUAUUUUGACCGCAAAUAUCUUAGGAGUCAUUUGCUCCUUCUACAUACCUGUGAUCAUAAUGAUAUGCAUCUAUGCAAAGAUCUUCCUUGUAGCACAGAACCAGGCUCGCAGCAUCCAAAACACCAACUAUCUGAGUAGAACACCAGGAGCAAAUGUCAGUAAGAUGGAGAGAAAGGCCACAAAGACUCUGACUAUAGUUAUGAGUGUUUUCCUCAUCUGCUGGACUCCUUUCUUUAUUUAUAUUUGUGUACAGCUUUUGAAGCAGGUACCGAUGGCAGUUGGUGAAGGACUUACCUGGCUGGCUCUGUCAAAUUCUAUGCUCAAUCCUUUCAUUUAUGCUUUCUUUUACAGCUGGUUCCAGUCGGCUUUUAAAAUCCUUAUAUUAGGUAAAGUAUUUCAAGGCAAUUUUUCUAGAACCAGACUUAACUGA